AUGAAUUAUUAUCUUUUGCUAAUACUAAUUUGGUAUUCCUUUUUAGGAAUAGUAAGGAAUUUAAAUAUAUAAACUUAUAUUCCUGGUUACAAAAUAGAUAUAAAUGGGUAAAUUUUAUUUUACUAUCCUUUAAAAUUAUCAUUAUUUGUUAACAUAACUCUCCUUUUGAAAACUUUGAUUAGGCUAUCUCUAGAACUCACAAAUCAAUACUUUGAUGUAACAAAAGGUAUUAUAUAAGAUUGUCCCUCAAAUUGUGGGUCAUGUAUUGACCAAAACACCUGCGUGACUUGUAAAUUUGGCUACUUUUAAUGGUCACCUGUUUCUAACAAUAAUCUUUAUUGUAUUCCAUGUCCUUUGUUCAAUAUCAUUGACCUAUAAGACUAAAUUUUAUGUGCUGACUGUGUGAUAAACCCUUUAACUUGGUAGAAUACAAAAAAGUGUACUUAUAGUUACAAAAGAAUUAUUGGUAUUACAAAUCAACAAGUAAAGAGAUAUUAGUAUUACUAAGGUAGUGACUCUAUAAAACUGCAUUAAGUAUUCUAAAUUGACCCUUUAAGUUAGAAUGCAUAGGUAAUAGAAUUUGUUGGUGGAGAUUCUUGGUGUGGUUAUUAAUUAAUAUAGCCAAAUCCUCCUACUAACUGCUAUAAUAUCAAUAGCUAAAAUUAGGUAGAUUAGUCUUAAACAGCAGUUUAAUGUAGAGUUGGAUACAUUUUUAAUUUCUAAAAUAAUAUCUGUGAAUCUUGCCCUAUAAAUUGCAGUGUUUGCAAUUCAGCUACUCAAUGCUUAACGUGCUCAGAUGGUUAUACUUUAGGAGCCAAUUUUUAAUGCGUUAGUUGUAUGAGUAAAAUAUAAAAUUGUUAGAGCUGCUUUUAUGAAAACUCCUCCUAAAAUAAUCUUGUAACUAAUCCCUUUUUGUCUUCAUAAUUUGAUAGCGAGCAAAGUCUACUAAACAGUGGAUAUAAAUUGAGAUGUAGUUAAUGUUCUCAAACGAAUACAUUUUACAUCCCCAGCUUAGAUAUGACUUCAUGUGAAGAUUGCUCUACUUUAAGCAGCUGUAUAAGUUGUAGAUAUGCUAAAGUAGAUUUCGGUUUAGUAGUUGAUCAUUCUAAUUCUCCAUAUGUUGUUGCAUAAGAUGAUUAAUAAAAUUACAAAAAAUAUUGUUUGGCCUGCUAAGAUCCCUUUUUUGUAAACUAUAAAGGAGAAUGCGAGUAAUGCGUUGAUCCUAAUUGUGAGCAAUGCUAUUAUGGUUCAUAAUAGGGAACAGAUAGCAGCUAUACAUUGCAAUAAAAUUUUGUUUAUAAAACAUCAUAAGAUAAUCUAGUCUUAAAAUGUGCUUUCUGUAAAUAUGGAACAAGUUAAGCAGCUCUUCUGCUAGAUGGAACUUGUUAAUAAAACCUUUCUUUUUUAGCUACAAAAGAUUCAAAUUGUGCAAAGUGGGUCUAGUUCAAAGUUUUACCUAUUAAUACCAUGCUGGAUGGUACUUACUUUUAAUGUGUAGAAUGUUAGUUUGGAGCAGGAUUUAAUGCUUCCUUACCACCUUAAGAUAGAAAAUGUGAUUAGUAUUCAGCUAUAAUGAAUGUACCAUAUUGCACUAGUUUCUACUAUAUCACAGUUGAUGGAAAACCUCAAGCAGUAACUUGCACCAGAUGUGAAAAAGGAUAUGUGGCUACAGCUACUAGAGGGUGUGUUUCUUGCUCAAAUGGAAUUAAAGGUGUUUACAGUAUGGGUGCUAUUUAAUAGGGAGCUUGUAAUGGAUGUAGUUUGAUGACUCCUUCUGGAUUUAACUAUACAUAUUACUUAAUAACUUAAACAGCUUAAAAUUAUGCCUAAGCUGUAGAAAUAGAAACCGAUUUUAACUUACCUAUUGUUCCAUUCUGUACUUACUGUCAUGAAUAAAAAGUCUAUGGAACAUGUCCUGUUUCUUGCUUCAAUGAUUGUUACACAGAAAAAGAUUCUAUGGGUAAUUUAUAAUAUAACGCUUGUGUACCAGAUUCUAUAAUGCAAUCUAAAUGUAUAGCUUGUGGUAAUUCAUCUCCAUAUUAAUUGCCAUGGCAUUUGGAUUAGAGUGUAUCGUCAGAUUAUUCAUAAUGCAUAGAGUGCCCGAGGUAUUGUCUUUUUUGUUAAUAGAGAACAUAAGACCAAAAGGAUGGAAUAAAUCCAUAUUAUAAGCCUGGUUCAUAUUCAUAAUUAUUAAAAUAUGCUAACCAAUGCAUAACUUGUAGAUCAAUAUCAGAUAUUUGUUCAGAUUUUUCUGAUAAUACAGCAUAGUAUUAAGGAUACUAGCUAGAUUGCACAUAAUAAGGUAACUAUGUAAUGUACUAUGACCCAAUUAUCAAUUAAUGUACUCCAUGUCCAAUAGACAAACCAAAUUGUACUAGAAAAUUGAAAAUUUAGUAGCUUGUAGAAUGUAGACCUAAUAUAUCUGUAAAUGAUUAAAAUUUAGGCACAAACUAAAACUCCUAUUACCAAAUGAAGCUAGGUGGUAUGGGCCAAUUGAGCCAUAUAUUCGAUGGAAUAGGCACUAUCUUUUUAGAUUCAUGGAAUCCAACUACUACACUGAAUAUUAACUUUUCUGAUUUUAAUAGCUUGGAUGAUAACUUAUAAACUUACUAUGCACUAAAUGAAGAAAAUAUAGCAGAAAUAGAGUUUGAAAUUCUACUUAUACCAAAUGUUUAAAAAUACACGACGAAUGAUGGAUAUUCUAAAGACAAUGCAAAUGUUUGUUUCUUUCCAAAUGAUGUAAACUUCUCUCUAAAGCUGGCAUAAUAUAUUGCAAAUAUAAAUAAGCUAUCUCUUACUUUUAAGACAGUGAAUCCUACAAAUGGAUAAAUAGGAUAAGAUCCUUUAGAUUUAUUUAUAUCAUCAUUUAGUUUUUAAGGGUGGAAUUAUUUUAAUUUUGAAAACAUAAACUUUCUACCAAUGUAUUCAAUUAAAACAAGUGUAUAAGUUAAAAAUAUGCUUUUCGACUUUUCAAAUAAUCAUUUCCUAAGCCAGUUAGUAUUCAAAAAUGUUAUAUUUAUGAGUGGAUUUGAUAAUACUAAGUAAUAGACACUUUUAAAAUAAGCCAAAACAAUUUUUUGCCCCGUUAUAGAUCUUUAUAAUGUUGAGCAAAUAACUAUGAAUAAUGUUCAAGUCUAUAAUUUUUAUUACUAAAAAUUCACAAGCUUUUUUAGAUUUAAUUAAGAUUCAGGUAAUAAAGUUAGCAUACUUUUGAUGAACAUAAAUAACUUUAUUAUUAAUAAUUGCUAAUUUUAAAGCAUUAAUUUAUUUUAAUUACUUUAUAAAACUACUACUAUUAGUAUGAAUUCUGUGACAAUAAGCAACAGCUUAUUUACUAACUCAAUCAUUUUUAAUUAAUUACCUGGCCACAAUUUAGCUCAAUCAUAACACUCUUUAUCAAUGAAUAACCUUGUAUUUUAGAAUAACUAAUUUGUUUAAAGUUCUAUUUUAAAUGCAUACAAUUUACUUGCCUUCAAAGUUACUGGUCUAUCUCUCAAUUUCAACUAUUAAUUGUAAUACAAUACAUAUUAGCCUCUCAUAACAACAAACACUGCAGUAAUUUCAACAAUGCAAUUGACUUCAAAUUUACCAAAUUAGGGUGUACUUACAGUGCAAAAUGCUACAUUAUUUGCAUUUCCUGUUUCGAGUUCAGCAGCAGCUCCUCCUAGUAUUACUUUAGAUCAGUUGACUGUUACCUCAAUUCAGUUCACAGGAAGCAAUGGCUACAUUAUGAAUUUAGUUAGUUAUUAAAAUAUUUAUUCAGUGAGAGGAACAGUGUCAGUUUCUAAUUUAAAAAUUCAAAAUUGCAAGGGAGACAGUUAUUUAUUAAACUUGUUCUAUUUUAGUUCAGUCAGAUUAGUUACAUUUAAUACUAUAAACAUGAUAGAUUCAGUAGGCUUGAGCUUCAUUUACUCUGAGUAUUCUGAUCAAAUAUCUAUUACUUCAGGAAGUAUUAGCAAUAGUCAACUCCCUGAAAUUUGUAAAAAUGGGCCACUACCAAGCAUACCUACUCUUCCAACUGAUCAAUUCCAUGGUACUAUGCUUUCAGUAAAAAAUUUGAGAACAAGAUCUUACAUGUUUGACAUCACUUUCCAAAACCUAUGCAUCAUUGACAGAGUACUAUUUUACUUUGCUCAUGAUUAAAGAGAUCCUCGCUAUAUGCCUGAAACUCUCAACGAUCCGAUAAAUUAGAUUAUACUUUAGAACGCAAAUACGUAUACUCAAUUUGAUUAAAAGAUUAGCACUGCUGUAGUAUUUAAUUCAUGCUAAUUUAAAACAAUCAACGCAUAUGUUUUUAAUUCAAAUAUUAUAUCUACGUUAUUUUACUUUAGCACUAAUUUACAAUAUGUUAAUUUACUAGUCAGUGUUACUGCUUCCAAAAUAAAUAUUUUUUAAGUGAAUUAAGAUACUUUAUUUAAGUCUUCUUCAUCCUUUAUGAUUUAAGAUUCUAACCCGUCAUUCAUGGUUUUAGUUGGGUUAUCUCUAUCAAAUAUAAACUCUGCUUUCUAAAUUUAAAAUGGUAUAUUAUUUAAUGGUAAUAUUUUUGCAUGCAUUAGCUGUGUAUUUGAUAGUAGUAACUAUGGUUAAGAGCAGAACUCCUUUGGGUAUUAGGGUGGCUUUUUAAAUUUACAGGCAAAAGCUGUUGUAAUAAAUUACUCAAAGUUUUCUAAAUCAGUGUCUGAUUAAGGAGGAGCUAUAUACAUCAAAACAUAUUCCACUUCAGCUUCUAUUUAAUUACUUAAAGUUGAUUUUAUAGAUAUUAAAUCUUCUUUUAGUCCAUUAGGAUCUGGAGUUGGAGGAGCUAUAUCCAUAGAUGGAACUUCAUCAUUAACUUUGACUAUGACUCUAUGUACAUUUGACUAGAUAUUCGCAUAUAAAAAAGGAGCUGUAUUAGAUUUAACAUGUGGCUAAGGAGUCUGUAAAAAUACCUUUGAUUAAAAUACAAUUUCCAAUGUUUUCGCGCCGACAGGAAGUAUUUUUAAUGUAAAAUUAAAUAAGCAAUCUUAAAGUAUCAGCUUUACUAAGAAUACAUAUUCAUCUACUCUUACUAUUGAUAACAUGAUUAAUAAAUAUGCCUAUUUCUAAUUUGUUGAUUCAGAACUUUAGCAGGCUAUAUCUUAGUUUUAUAUAAUGUAUAUCUAAGGAGGAAGCAUAACGUUUGAAGAUAACGUUUUUGAUGGUGUCAACUAUUUGUAAGGUCUUAUUUAUGCAACAGGAGGGAUAAUAUAAUUCAAUAGAAAUACAUUUACAAAUUCCAAUUUUAGAUUUACUCCUUUCGUUUAUUUUUACAAACAAGGAAUCACAUAAUUUACUACUACUGUAAUAUAAAAUAUAAAAGAAUGUGUUGAUUGCUAACCUCAAAACAAUUAAUUAUAUUUUUUAACUAAUUACACAUUAACUAACUUCAAUAACUUUUUCCUCAUAGAGAGCUCAACUUAGAGUGUACAGAUAAAUGAUAUUACAAUUUAAAAUGUAGUAUGCUCAAAAUGUACUUAAGGUAUUCUUGGUUUUUAAUCAAGCUAAAAACCUGUUUAAAUUUAAGGAGGAAAAAUUGAAAAUAAUGUAUCUAACUAGGGCUCCAUAUAUAUUGGAGGUAGCCCAAACUCCUCAUCUAGAAUUUUAUCUUCUUAAUAAAAUUUAGCAGGUACAUAAUUCACAAUUAAUAACAUAGCUUUUUAGUAAAAUACAGCAAAUUUAGGUGGAGCAAUAUAUGUAUCAUAUAAUAAUCUUUAGCUCAUAUCUUGCACUACUAUUUAGUAAAAUACUGCAGCAUAAGGAGGUGCAAUAUAUUUCUUAACUUCAGACUCUAAUCCAAAUACUCUUAUCUUAUAAUCUUCUACUAUUAGUAAAAAUUAAGCAAAAAUAGGUGGAGGCAUAAAAAUAAUAGGAACCUUCCCGUAAUUAUUAUAGAACUCUGUUGUUAAUUAAAAUACUGCUUCAGUUUCAGGUAAAGACUUGACAAGCUAUCCUACAGGAUUAAAGGUUUAUUAAAAUAAAGUUUCUAAACCUUAUGAUUCAAGCAAAGGGGCUGUUCUAUUGAAUUAAUGGUCACCUGGAGUUUCAGUGGAUUAAGAAUUAUUUAUCUAUUUAACUGGAGAAGAUGGUAAAAUUUAAAAAUUAGACUCUGGAUAAACGGCUACUUUAACAGUUUCAUUAAAUUAUCCUUCAAAUUCGCAAAUACCUCCUUUGGCUAAAAUAACAGGGGCUACUACCGUAAACUAUGAUUCAAUAAUAGGAGGAUUUUACUUGAAUUCAGUAUAAUUUUAAUAGCAACCUCUAUCUUAACUUCUUGCUAAAUUGGAAUCAUCAAUCAUAAAAAUUCCAUAAUUCGACAGCAGCGGAGCCUUGAUUUCAAUUGAUACAAGCUAUAAUCUUCCAUUAAUUAUAAACACUAGAUAUUGCAAAUUAGGUGAAGCUUUCAUAUAAACAAGUGGUUAAUGCUAUUUAUGUGGAAAUAACACUUAUAGUAUAAUUGAUAAUUCAACUUAAUGUUUAGAUUGUCCUAAACAAGGAGUUAGCAGUUGUCCAGGAGCAAAUGUAUUAAAUUUAUAAUCUGGCUAUUGGCGUCCAUCAUAUGAUUCAGAUAAAAUUGAAGACUGUGUAAAUUCUUUAUCUAAUUGUGUAGGAGGUAAAGGUACUGGAGAUUAGUUAUGUGCAGAAGGACAUAUUGGAGCUCUCUGUGAAGUUUGCGAUAUAAGUGCAAGGUUUUGGUUGGAGAGUUAUUCUAAUAGUAAUGAAUUUUCAUGUGGUAAGUGUAAAGAUACAUCAAAUAAUACCUUGAAAAUGGUUGGUUUGAGCAUUUACACCUUGAUAGCCAUAUUCUUCUCUGUCAAGAGCACAAAAGAACUUUUGGAUUCUUACAUAAUUACAUUUUACUUUUAAAAGAUUGGAUUUAUUUAAAAGAGUGCCAAAUAAAGUACAGAAAAUGUGGGUAUUGUUAUCAAGCUAUUCACUACAUAUCUUUAAUUAAUAUUAGUAAUUACUACUUUCAAUUUAUAGUUACCUCCAGGCUUGAGUGAUAUUACUAUGAAUAUUGGAGAUCCAGUUAAAUAAAUGAGUUUUAGUAUGGACUGUGCCUUAUAAAAGAUGUCAGGAGGCAUACCUAUGACAUAUUUUAGAUUGAUUUGGUCACAGUUAAUGCCACUUUUAUAUGUUAUUUUCUACUUAAUUGGGCAUUUCAUAUGGCAAAAAGUUAAAAAGAUACAAAAUAGAGCAGUAAUUGCAUGGAUUGCUUUUAUUUACAUUUAUAUUUCUAUGCAGCCUUCGGUUGUAAAAUAAAAUAUCUAGACUAUAUCCUGCAGACAGAUAUCAGGUAUCGAGUACAUAAAGGCUAAUGUGUCUGAGGAGUGCUACACUUCUGAGCACAUAAAAUACAUGUUGAUUCUCAUACUUCCUUCAUUAGCAAUAUGGGUUUUUUUGAUACCUAUUUUCUUUAUCAAAAAAAUGUAUGACGGAAGAGAUAAAUUGGAUAAAAUCGAGAUGCAAUACAAAUUUGGGUUCUUGUACACCGAGUAUAAAAAGACAUCUUACUUUUGGGAAAUAGUCAAAGUAUAUUAAAAGACUUUCAUAACCUUUUUCAUAAACAUCUACGAUAGCUACAAUAUCGUCAAAGGAGUACUAGUUAUUAUUGUUCUGAUUAUUUAUAUAAGACUUUGGAGAAAAUACUAGCCAUAUUUGGAGAGAAGAUUUAAUUUAAUAGAUUUGUAUUUAAAUCUGACAGUUAUUGCCUCUAUCAUUAUUGCUAUGUUUAUACAAUAGAACCCUUUUUCAUAUUUAGUUUGGUUUGGAUAUAUCAUUUUAGUUACUAUAAACUCAAUCCUAAUUAUAAUGCUCAUUAGAAUUUUAGUGUCUGGUUACACUUACAAAUUCGAAGCUAAGAUAGGAGAAAAAUUAGUUUAAUUCUCUAUUAAACAUCCGAAAAUAGCAAGAUAUUUUAAUCUCCCCUUAGUCCGCCAGGAAAGGGUAAAACAUCUAUGGAAUUUACUAAGAUUGCACUUUAAAGAAAAAUACUUGGAUAAAGAAGAAUUUGAUAACAAAAAAAUGACAGAAAGAGCAGGUUAGAAUAAAUUUAUAGAUUCUAAAAAUAAACUUAUUGAUUAUGAAAAAGAAGAAACCCAAUCAUAAAAAUUAGAACUAGUCAAAAAGCAAUCAAUUAUUUAGCAAGAUAGAAUUGCUUUAAAAAAAGAUGACAUUGAGUGUUAAUCUUUAAACAAUUAAAGUAACUAAAGUGCCGACGCAAAUUAGCAAUAAAGACCAACCCAAAUACUAAGUGAAAAAAAUAUUUAGAAUCUCCAAAGUAACAAUGUUGGGGUUGUAAUUUCAGGUCAAUAAGUUGAUGAUUAAGAUGAUUUUAAUAAUGUUUCUGAAUUUGAAAAUCCAAAAAGCAUUCAGAACACUUAAACUAUAUAAAUAUAAUAGAAUACAAAACACCCUUAAGAAAACUUAGAAAGCUCAUAAAAUAAUAUUUAAGUGAUUCAUUUAAAUUGA